AUGGAAUGCGACUGUGAGGAAGUGACAUCAUGCGAGGGUAUCCCGCAUCCGGUGGUUCAAAAAGAACGCGCCAAACCUGUUCAGAAGAUAUCAAACGUAAUCGACAGGAAAAUCGAGCCGUUAUUUUCUUUACCAGCGGAAUUAAUGAAAUGUAUUCUGUGCGAGAGGAAACACGAGAAACGAAGAAAACGAAACCUUAGAGAGACAUAUACAGAGAAGCGAUUAAAAGUAGAAGACUUUCGCAGAUUCAUGGUCGGCUUAAUCGCGAAGACCGAGUUACCGGGUGUAAAUAUAGAUCUGAAUAAUGACAAAGACGUGAACCGAUAUUACAAUUAUAUUUGCAACGGGGUCGAUACCGUUCACGCGGUAAAAAUUCAAGAUGACAUUUUGCGGAUGAUACUGAGCUUAGUCCCGUCCCAUUUGAGAGGACGAUUUGAGUACCUCACCGAAGGCUUGCUGUUCGAGAUCAAAGCUAUCUUCACGGAAAAUAUUAAAAAAGCGAUAUUGGAGUACGCGCUUCGAGAUCCCAUGGAAGAUUAUCUUUCCCAGGAAAAGACCACUCAAAACUUACUUAAGAUAAAGCGUAGUUUACCCGGUUUAUCAGCCGCUGUUCAAGGGAACCGUGAAACUUUACGUCAAAUUUUGUAUCUUAUAAACCCUUGCAUGAGGAUGAGCUUGGAACAUUGGGUUGGCAAUUUUCGUGAUUUUCGGCUGUUCGAUCUGAAGCAAAUCGCGGAACACGAGAGGUCCUGGGACUUGUUGGAAUUUGAGAAAACGAUCCACAAGCACAUUGUGAAAGCGCGGAAAGUCUUGAGGGAUUCUUGGUACAGCGGUAUACAGGACAUAUUCCUGGUGAAUAAUAGGAAGCAAUUAGUCCCGAGUCCACUGCAGCGCACACGAUUCAAGGGUUUCUACGACUGCAUUGCCAAAAUAAUGGAGUCCCAGCUUCUGGCUAUGUGUAAAUGGACCCUGAGAGAUUUCAUGGAUUUGAUCAUCCGCGGCCAGCCGAUCGAUUGCGAAUUUAACGUGGACAUAGUCGUCAGCUCGAAUCAGCUCACUUUUUCGCCGUCCUUUGAAGAAUUUAAAGAGGUCCUUUGCGGUCUCCUGGACGAGAUAUGCCAGGCCAUUAGGCGUUUUCAUAAAUUACAGACUCAGCUUUACUUGGACUGGUCUGGCCCGGAGGAGAUUUUGAAACCUCAGAUAGACGAAUCUAUAGUGGAGAAACUGAAGCGGGAAAUUAUCGACCUGAUCGAUCGAGAAAGGAUUAUCCCUGAGCAGAUAUUAAUGGAUCUGCAAAUGUACGAGCAUUUGUACAACGACGAGGAGUACAAAAUGAUAGAACGGUAUGUAAAGGACGAGAAUAAAAAGUUGGACGAUUAUAACGAAGCGAUGAGAUGUUACGAGGAACAAGUGUUGAACUUGCCUGUUCAAAUCGAGAGGACAGCGUUCACAGGAUUGUUCAAGGUGUCUCGAAAAAUAUUCGUUGAGGCGAUCGUCGCCAAUGUUCGUCGUAUAAAAUCUCUGCUCACUGAUACGCUCGUGGACAGAUAUCAGGACACAGCCAAAAAAGCUGCAGAAGAGUAUCAGGCUAUAUCUGAUCGUGCGCUGAGCGCACCUGCCAACACGGCCGAGCUGAUGGACCUUAAAAGCUUCAUGAAAACGGUCAUAGACGUCUCUUUGAAGAAUCUCGAGCAGGAUCUUUGCGAAAUAAUCGUGCAUAUCCUUCUCUUAUCUGAUUAUCGUUGUCUCACGGAUGUCGAAAUAAGCACAAAUAACAUAGCGUUCCAAUGGUACCACAAGGUCCCUCAAAUAUUGGAGGAAAACGAAGUGAUCGUUGCGAAUAAGACUAUAGAGUUUCAGCAGGCGUUAAAAGUCAGAUAUGUCAGGUUCGAGGAAGAGUUAGAAUCUUACGCUAAGCAAGUGGAUGAGAUACAAUAUUGGGGUGACAUCGAGGAUGUUCACAAGUAUCAGAAAAGGACGCAGAAUUUGGAGAACCGUUUGAUUGCCGCCAUGGAGAAGAUUGAUAAGUUCAACGAAGAGGAAACGUCGUUUGGCUGGGACAUCACACAGUAUCCUCGUCGCAAGCAGAUCGCAGAUCACCUGAAACCCUAUAAGCAACUCUUCGACGCGAUCUGCGACUUUCUGACCAAACACGACUUGUGGAUAAACACGAUGAUCGGCAGUUAUAAUCCGGAGGAUAUUGAUAAUGACGUGGGAUACGCGUACAGAACGAUCUACAAGCUGGAGAAAGCCUUCCAAGAGCCGGAUUUGAAAGAGCUGGCAGGGAACGUGAGGGAGAAAAUCGAAGAGUUCAGGGAGCGCAUGCCGAUCGUUUUUACUCUGGGUAAUCCGGGAUUAAAGGCUCGUCACUGGGAUGAAAUUUCGGCGAUCAUAGGAGUCCCUAUAAAGGUCGACGCUGAUUUAACAUUGGCCAGGAUCCUGGAUAUGGGACUGGACCUGUUCGUGGAGAAGUUCGAGAGCAUCUCGGACAGCGCUUCGAAAGAGAGCACCCUGGAGAGGGCUAUGGACAAGAUGCAGAAGGAUUGGACUGAUUUAGCCUUCACUGUGAACCCUUUCAAGGACACUGGUACCUUUGUGAUCGCCGGUGUCGAUGAUAUACAGCUUCUUUUGGACGACCAUAUCAUCAAAACGGUCACCAUUAAGAAUUCUCCGAACAUAAAGCCGUUCGAAGCGAGGAUACUGAGAUGGGAGUACAAGAUGCAUCUGCUGCAAGACAUACUGGACCAAUGGCUGCGCGUUCAGGCGGUCUGGAUGUACCUGGAGCCGAUUUUCACGUCGCCUGAUAUCCAGCAGCAAAUGCCAGACGAGGGUAGAAAGUUCUCCGCUGUGGACAAGACUUGGCGGGAUAUCAUGAAGACCGUCGAGACUGAUCCUCGUGUUCUCGCUGUUAUCGAGAUCGAUAAAAUGUUGGAGAGGUUGAAGAAGAGUUACGGAUUGUUGGAGGACAUUCAGAAGGGUCUGAACGAUUACCUGGAGAAGAAGCGUCUCUUCUUCCCGAGAUUCUUCUUUUUGUCCAACGACGAGCUGCUGGAAAUUCUGUCUGAAACUAAAGAUCCAACUCGCGUUCAACCGCAUCUGAAGAAGUGUUUCGAGGGAAUAAGUACUUUGAAGUUCAACGAGGACCUAGAGGUGCUCGCGAUGAGAUCAACGGAGGGCGAAGAGGUUCCAUUGGUGGAUGUAAUAUCGACAGCAUCUGCCAGAGGACAAGUGGAGAAAUGGCUAGUUGAACUAGAGACGAUUAUGCGAAGAAGUGUGAAGCACGAGGUGAAGCACGCGAUAGACGCGUAUCCUAUGAAACAGAGGAAAAUCUGGGUGUUAGAGUGGCCUGGCCAAACGAUUCUUUGCGUUGGAAAGAUGUACUGGACUCUACGUAUAGAGGAGUCAAUGUUGUUCGGUGAGGAAGGUCUGUGGAGAUACUUCGAUCAGUGUACGACGGAGUUGAACGAGAUCAUAUUGCUCAUCAGAGGGAAAUUAUCGAAACAGAAUCGUAUCACGUUGGAAGCUCUGGUUACCUUGGACGUUCACGGAAAAGACGUACUGUCAAAGAUUUGCAAGGACAAAGUGAUCAAGAAUACUGACUUCAGAUGGCUGUGCCAUUUGCGUUACUACUGGCUGGAGGAGAACAUGUGGGCGUACAUGAUCAACUCUUACCAACGAUACGGUUACGAGUACCUUGGUAAUUCAUCAAGAUUGGUCAUCACACCUCUGACAGAUCGAUGCUACAGAACUCUAUUCGGUGCUCUGAGCCUUCAUUUAGGCGGUGCGCCAGAGGGACCAGCUGGAACUGGCAAAACUGAGACCACGAAGGAUCUGGCUAAAGCAGUAGCCAAACAGUGCGUCGUGUUCAACUGCUCUGAAGGCUUAGAUUACAUCGCCUUAGGGAAAUUCUUCAAAGGAUUAGCAUCCUGUGGCGCAUGGUCCUGCUUCGACGAGUUCAAUCGUAUCGAUUUGGAAGUGUUGUCAGUGGUUGCACAACAGAUCCUGACAAUUCAACGAGGGAUCAACAGCGGCGCAGAGAAAAUGGUGUUCGAGGGAACGGAGAUUUUCCUAGACCCGAGUUGCGCUAUUUUCAUCACUAUGAAUCCUGGCUACGCCGGUAGAUCCGAGUUACCGGACAAUCUAAAGGCAUUGUUCCGUCCAGUAGCCAUGAUGGUCCCGGAUUACGCUUUGAUCGCGGAGAAUACUUUGUAUUCCUACGGCUUCUACAACGGCAGACCUCUCGCAGUGAAGAUAGUCACUGCUUACAGACUCUGUUCCGAACAAUUGAGCAGCCAGCAUCACUAUGAUUACGGUAUGAGGGCCGUCAAGUCUGUCCUCAUCGCGGCUGGUAACUUGAAGCUCAGGUAUCCCGAAGAAUCUGAAGAUAUUCUAAUGCUGAGGAGUAUAUUAGACGUGAACCUGCCGAAGUUUCUCGUUCACGAUUUACCACUUUUCGAGGGAAUUGCUUCAGACUUGUUCCCCGGUGUCGUUCUUCCUACGCCAGAUUAUACUCAUUUGAACGCUUGCAUAGGGGAAGCUUGCGUCGCAGCUAAUAUUCAAUGUACAAAUUUCUUCUUGGAGAAGAUACAACAGAUCUAUGAAAUGAUGAUCGUCAGGCACGGGUUCAUGAUCGUUGGACUACCUUUCGGUGGUAAAACAUCCGCGUACAGGAUGCUGGCCGAUUGUCUGGCGCUGUUGGAGGAGAGGAAUUUGAUGGAAGAGCACAGAGUCGAGAUAACUGUUAUCAAUCCAAAGGCGAUCACCAUGGGUCAAUUGUACGGUCAAUUCGAUCCUGCUUCGCACGAAUGGAGCGAUGGUGUGUUAGCUGUGAGCUAUAGGUCGUUUGCGUCUUCUACUAAUUUGAACAGGAAAUGGCUGGUGUUCGAUGGGCCAGUUGAUGCAAUUUGGAUCGAGAACAUGAACACUGUGUUGGAUGAUAAUAAGAAGCUGUGCUUGACCUCUGGGGAAAUUAUUCAGCUGGCUCCUACCACGAAUUUGAUAUUCGAGCCUAUGGACUUGGAGGUUGCUUCACCAGCCACAGUGUCCAGAUGCGGCAUGAUUUACAUGGAACCAGUCAGUUUGGGCUGGACGCCACUUUUGAUCUCCUGGUUGAAUACCUUGCCAUCCACUUUUUCCGAACACCUUAAGAACCAUUUAAACGACAUGUACAUGAGGUUUUGUCCUCCUCUUUUGGAACUGCUUCGAUGGAAGGUCAAGGAAUUGAUGACCAUGCCCGAUGCCAAUCUACUUAGAUCCAUAACGUAUCUGUUCGACUGUUUCCUGGACGACUUCCACGACGAAAAGUACCUUCAAACCUUGUCAGACCUUGACAUGAGGGCACAAGUGGAGGGUUGCUUCUUCUUCUCUUGUAUUUGGGCGAUGGGCGGCACAUUAACAGUAGAUUCCCGCGAACCGUUUAGCGAUCUGUUCAGAGCAUUAACCGAGAGAGAAUUCCCCGAAGAUAUCAGAGAACGUUUCGACGUUUCACCGGAAACCACGGAUCCACCGAAGCCGUACGUGGUGAACUUGCCAUUAACAGGCCUAGUAUUCGACUAUAAAUACAUCAAAGAGGGUAGAGGCAAAUGGAGGCCUUGGAUGGAUGAUUUACAAGACGUUCCUCCAAUUCCCAAAGACGUGCCAGUCAAUCAGAUAAUCGUUCCAACCAUUGAAACUGUUCGCUAUUUUCACCUGUUCAAACUAUUAAUCUGUCACCAAAAACCUGUCCUAUUGGUCGGUCCAACUGGUACCGGGAAAUCCGUGUAUAUCAUGGAAUUUUUGUUGAAGAAAAUCGAUCCAGAUAUCUUCAAGCCGCUCUUCGUGAUAUUCUCCGCUCAGACAACCGCGAAUCAGACUCAAGAGAUCAUCAUGAGCAAGUUGGACAGACGUAGGAAGGGAUUGUACGGUGCUCCGCCUGGGAAACAUUGGGUGGUCUUCGUGGAUGACAUUUCUAUGCCUCAGAAAGAGGAGUACGGCGCACAGCCACCUAUAGAAUUGCUCAGGCAGUGGUUGGAUCAUUGGACUUGGUACGAUGUCAAGGAAGUGGCGCCUAUAGAGUUGGUGGAUGUUCAGCUGGUCUGCGCUAUGGGUCCACCGUCAAGCGGAUUGGACGUUACGCCACGUUUCAAGAGACACUUCUUCACUUUGGGCAUUUCUGAGUUCUCUGACGAAGUGCUCACCACGAUCUUCACUGCGAUCGUCACUUGGCACUUUAGGGUCAAGGAGUUUUCGGAUAUUUUUAUGUUCAGCACCGAGUACAUAGUAAACGGCACGCUGAGCGUUUACAAGGAGAUCAGGAAACACCUUCUGCCCACACCAGCCAAGUGUCACUACUUAUUCAACUUAAGAGAUUUUUCGAGAGUGAUACAGGGCGUGUUGCUGUCUGCUCCUGAGACUGUUUCUGAUCCUGUGGGUUUGAAACGUCUAUGGGUGCAUGAGGUGCUACGAGUCUAUGGGGACCGGCUGGUGGACGACGUAGACAUUAGGUGGCUCGUCGAACAGAUAAGGAGAACAAUGUCGGCACACAUGGACGAUCAUCUGGAUACAUUGUUUCAAGAGUUACUCAUAGGAGCGGAGAACAAUCAGGUGACCGAAAUGGAACUUCGAAAUCUGGUUUACUGCGACUUCCAAGACCCACUGGCGGAUAAGAAGCUGUACAUGGAAGUGUCGGAUUUGGAUUACCUCGCGAUCAUUGUCGAAGAAUAUCUCGCGGAGUACAAUUCCAUUUCGAGAACACCGAUGAACCUCGUGCUUUUCAGAUUCGCAGUGGAACAUCUAUCCAAAAUCUGUCGAGUGAUGAUGCAGCCUCGAAGUCACGCGUUAUUAAUCGGAGUGGGUGGUUCAGGUCGUCAAUCGUUGACAAAACUAGCCUCACACAUAGCCGACUACGAAUUAUUCCAAGUAGAAAUGUCCCAACAAUACGGUCUUCACGAGUGGCACGAGGACUUGAAGGGUAUCUUAAAAAAGAGCGCCGCCAGUGACCUGCACACUGUUUUCUUGUUCAUGGACACUCAGGUCAAGGAGGAAACGUUCCUCGAGGACAUCAGUAACUUAUUAAACUCCGGUGAAGUACCUAAUAUAUUCCCUGCAGACGAAUUGACAGACAUCUGCGAGAAGAUGCGUGCGAUCGAUCGUCAAAGAGACAGAUCCAUGCAGACGGAUGGAAGUCCAGUAGCCUUGUUCAACUUCUUCGUGCAAACUGUCCGCGAACACUUGCACGUGGUGGUGACUAUGUCGCCGAUAGGUGACAAUUUUCGCGUGAGAAUUCGAAAAUUCCCAGCUCUGGUGAAUUGUUGCACCAUAGACUGGUUGCAACCGUGGCCUGAGGACGCUCUGUUAGCAGUGGCGACCAAAUUCCUCGGUGAGAUCGAUCUGACACACGACGAAAGGGCAGCUUGCAUUGAAAUGUGUCAGUUCUUCCAUACGUCUACGCAGGAAUUGUCACAUGAGUUCCUGAAGAAAGCUCGGAGGUACAAUUACGUGACUCCUACCUCGUACCUACAGCUAAUCAGCACGUUCAAGGAUUUGCUGGCGAAAAAGAGGCAGGAGGCGAUCGACGGUAAACGAAGGUACGAGGCUGGCUUGGAAAAGUUGGACAGUACUCACAAGCAAGUGGAGAAGAUGCAAGAGAUUUUAGUGGCGUUGCAACCGAAACUCCUCGUCGCUGCUAAGGACGUGGAGGCUAUGUUCCUUGAUGUUCAAAGGGAGAGCGAGGAGGCGGCCGCCAUGGAGCAAAUCGUGAAGAGGGAUGAGGAAGCUGCUAUGGUUGUGGCGCACGAGGCUGAUACCAUUCGUGCGGAAUGUGACGCUGAUCUGCAGGAAGUGAUGCCAAUAUUGAACGCGGCGAACGCUGCCCUGAACACUCUCACUCCGCAGGAUAUUCAGAUUGUGAGGUCCAUGAAGAGACCGCCAGCUGGUGUUCGGUUGGUGAUGGAAGCAGUUUGCAUUCUAAAGGACGUCAAGCCGGAAAAAGUAAAAACACCCGAGGGCACAGUGGACGAUUACUGGAAGGCGUCUCUCCGCAUGUUGAGCGACAUGAAGUUCCUGGAGUCGUUGUUAACCUUCGACAAAGACAACAUUCCUGAACGAAUCAUGAAUAAAAUUCGCAGUACCAUUCUAACCAACCCGAACUUCGACCCGGAAAGGAUCAGAAACGUCUCAACUGCUUGCGAGGGUCUCUGCAGAUGGGUGUUCGCCUUAUCUGAAUACGACAAAGUGGCAAAAAUCGUGGCGCCAAAGAAACAAGCGCUCGCUCUAGCCGAGGCGGACUAUGACAACGCGAUGACGCAAUUGAACCUGAAGAGAAGUCAGUUGCAGGAGGUGCAGAAUAGGCUGGCGAAGCUGGAGGAGCUGUUGAAUCAACGGAAGGCGGAGUACAAGGCGAUGACGGAUGAAGUGAACGAGUGCGAGGCGAAAUUAAGGAGAGCCAAGGAGCUGAUUGGUGGCCUGGGGGGAGAGUACACCAGAUGGUCUGAAACCGCAAAGGCACUGGGCGAGCGUUAUUACACUCUGACAGGAGACAUCCUCAUCGGUUCUGGGGUGGUAGCUUAUCUUGGUGUGUUCACCACUCAGUACAGGCAAGAGCAAAUUGACAAUUGGGUGCAUAUCUGUAUGGAUCUGCGUGUGGUCUGCACGAAGGAUUAUCAGCUAACUCAGAUCCUGGGUGAUCCUGUGUUGAUUCGGUCUUGGAACAUCUUCGGGCUGCCUAGCGAUUUGUUCUCCAUAGACAAUGGGAUAAUCGUGAUGAAUUCACGACGAUGGCCUCUGAUGAUCGAUCCCCAGGGACAGGCAAACAAGUGGGUGAAGAACAUGGAGAAGGAGAAUAACGUUAAUGUGAUCAGGCUGGUUCAGAGUGAUUACAUGAGAGUAUUGGAGAAUGCUAUUCAGUUUGGACAGCCUGUAUUGCUGGAGAACGUCGGCGAGGAAUUGGAUGCCGCUUUGGAACCUCUUCUGAUGAAACAGACUUUCAAAUCUGGAGGUACAGAGUGUAUUAAGGUUGGAGAUUCCAUCAUCGAGUACUCUUCGAAUUUUAGGUUCUAUAUUACAACGAAACUACGCAAUCCUCAUUAUCUACCAGAAGUAGCUGUUAAGGUGACACUGUUGAAUUUCAUGAUCACACCGAUUGGUCUGGAAGAUCAGCUUCUUGGUAUAGUGGUGGCUAAGGAGAGACCAGACUUGGAGGCUGAGAAGAAUCAGCUGAUCGUCCAAGGCGCGGCCAAUAAAAAGAAGCUGAAAGAAAUUGAAGAUGAAAUUCUGGAGGUAUUAUCGACCUCAGAAGGAAAUAUUCUCGAAGAUGAAACUGCCAUUAGUGUGCUCAGUUCGUCGAAGAAUCUGUCUGAUGAGAUUCUUAAGAAACAAACUGCAGCUGAGAUUACCGAGAAGUCCAUCGAUGCUGCUAGAUUAGAAUACACGCCUAUAGCCGUUUACAGCGCUGUUCUUUUCUUCACAACUGCUGUACUGGCGAACAUCGAUCCAAUGUAUCAGUACUCGUUGGUUUGGUUCGUGAAUCUCUUCAAGAACACGAUCGACAACACAGAGCCAGUCGAAGACAUUCAGCAACGACUGAAGGAUCUCACGAAACACUUCACGUACUCCCUCUACGUGAACAUAUGUCGUUCGCUGUUCGAGAAGGACAAGCUUUUAUUCUCAGUGUUGCUUUCGGUGAACCUGCUGAAUAAGCAGGGACAACUCUCGAUUCCCCAAUGGAUGUUUCUGUUGACCGGCGGCGUAGGCCUUGACAAUCCUUUCGUCAAUCCCACCGAAUGGCUGCCCUCGAAAUCUUGGGACGAAUUGUGUCGUCUGGACAACGUUCCUGGCUUGGAGGGAUUCAAAGACUCGUUCACGAAAAACCUGAACGCUUGGAAGUUCGUCUUUGAUCACAUGGAGCCUCACAUUUUAACGUUCCCUGCGCCUUACAGCGAGCUCACCCCUUUCGAGAGAAUGCUCGUGCUGCGAUGUAUUCGUCCUGACAAAGUCGUGCCAGCCGCCCAGCAAUUUGUGGAAGAACAACUGGGACGCCUGUACAUCGAGCCGCCGCCCUUCGACCUGGUAUCGUCGUUCGCGGACUCGUAUUCCUGCAUUCCCCUCAUAUUCGUACUGACUCCUGGCGCCGAUCCCAUGGCGAUUCUACUGAAAUUCGCCGACGACCAAGGUUUCGGCACAAACCGGCUCUUCUCCCUGUCUUUGGGUCAAGGACAGGGAGUUAUCGCCGCGCAGCUUAUCGACGAUGGCGUGAAAAAUGGCACCUGGGUGGUCCUGCAGAAUUGUCAUCUUGCCAAGAGCUUUAUGCCACUCUUGGAGAAGAUUUGCGAAAGUUUCACACCUGGCACGGUACAUCCUGAUUUUCGAUUAUGGCUAACCAGUUAUCCUGUCGAUCAUUUUCCUGUCAGCGUGCUUCAGAAUGGUGUCAAAAUGACGAACGAACCACCGAAAGGGUUGAGAGCGAAUAUUGUUAGAUCGUUUUUACAGGAUCCAAUAUGCGACGAGGACUUUUUCGAAACGUCCAAGCAAAAAGAGACGUUUAAGAAGCUACUGUUUUCGUUGUGUUUCUUUCAUGCGAUUGUUCAAGAACGAAGGAAAUUCGGCCCUAUUGGUUGGAACAAUCAGUACGAGUUCAACGAGACUGAUUUACGUAUAAGUGCAUUGCAGUUAAAAAUUUUCUUGGACCAAUACGACGAUGUUCAAUUCACUGCCUUGAAGUAUUUAACGGGCGAGUGCAAUUAUGGCGGCCGCGUGACAGAUGAAUGGGACAGGAGGACUUUGAACACGAUCCUCGAGAGAUUCUAUCGCAUGGAACUGAUCGCGCGGAAGAAAUACUUGUUUGAUCCUAGUGGCAUAUAUUACGUACCGCAAGCAACCAGUCACAACGAAUAUCUCGAGUAUAUCAGAUCUUUUCCGAUGAUCACCGCGCCUAGUGUCUUUGGAAUGAACGAGAACGCGGAUAUCAUUAAGGAUCAGCAGGAGACUGCGUUGAUGUUGUCUUCUAUAUUAUCUACACAGGACACCGGAGAAACGGAAACAGACACAGGGAAAUCACCCGAUGAGGUCGUCUACGGGGUGGCGUCUGAUAUUCUGUCAAAGUUGCCCGGUAACUUCGAUCUGGUGGACGCGCUUGAGAAAUACCCAACGUUAUAUAAUCAAAGCAUGAACACGGUGCUGGUCCAGGAAAUGGGAAGAUUCAACAAGCUUCUGCAAACGAUCAGGAAUAGCCUCAUAAAUGUUCAGAGGGCGAUCAAAGGUCUGGUGAUCAUGAACCCGGACCUCGAGGAGGUCUACGUAUCGAUAAUUACCGGAAAGAUACCGAAGAUGUGGAUGAAGAACUCUUAUCCGUCGUUGAAGCCGUUGGGCAGUUAUGUUCAGGACUUCUUGAAGAGGCUAGCCUUUCUUCAACAAUGGUACGACGAUGGACCACCAACUACCUUCUGGAUAUCCGGUUUCUACUUCACCCAGGCGUUCCUCACCGGCGCGCGUCAAAAUUACGCGAGAAAGUACUCGAUACCCAUAGAUCUGCUCAUCUACGACUUCGUUCCUCUCAGCGAAACCGAUUUCCCCGAGCCACCAGCCGACGGUGUCUACGUUUACGGCCUAUUUCUCGAUGGAGCUAGCUUCAACUUGACUACGAUGAAGCUGGACGAAUCGUUGCCGAAAAUUCUGUACGACAAUGUCCCUUACAUUUGGAUGAUACCGAUGAAAAAGGAACAAGUGCCUGAAAGGAAAACGUACACCUGUCCCGUGUACAAAACCUCCGAGAGAAAAGGCGUUCUUUCGACGACCGGCCACUCGACCAACUUCGUAAUCGCCAUGUGGCUCCCGACGGAACAUCCGCCGGAGCACUGGAUUCUGCGAGGCGUAGCCAUGCUCUGUCAAUUGUCCGAUUAA